UCAUCACCACUUCCUUUCACAGGAGGUUACACAAUGAUGAAGCGUCAGUAAAAAGCUUUAUUUAAGGGGCUGACGUCGCACUUACUGUGUGAGAAGAAACACAGUCAAACUUUGGAUGCUGUUAAAUCUAAAAUGUAACCUUCAGGUUUCUCAUGUUGAACGCCACAGAUACCUGUGAGCUCAUGUCUAAAGGAAGAGCACGCUGCUUUUUAUUUCUCAGCAGAGCCACAUUACGAUUGGCAAAUAUGAUCAUCAUCGUAAGGAAGUAACAAGGGGAAGUUCAGUGAAAACAAGACAGAAACUAACGGCAGCGUGCCAUGGUCGGAUUCCAGUGGAGUAAAUGCAUCAAAAUGUCUUUAUUUUUGUAUAUUUUCAUGCUUCAAUUUAGAGGAAUUACAGCGGAGGAUUCCCACUUCAUUGUCAGAGAAGGAGAGGACGUGACUUUACCUUGUAAAAGCUGGAUUCAUCCUCAGGACGAGGGCGAAACUGUUUGGCUUUUCAGUGACACACCAUCGUCACAAACUGUGCAGCUGAUGAGCACCAGGGAGGACGAUGAAAAAGACGAGUCCAAAGCAGACAGACUGAGCCUCACGAAGGACCUUUCUCUGGGUAUUAAAGCGGUUAGAGUGAAGGACGCUGGUCAGUACACCUGCAGACACUACGGCGAGUCGGGAGACACAUUUCAAAGCUCUCUGGUUUAUCUCUCCAUUAUUAUCAUUCAUGGUGAAAAAGGCGGGGACACGACGACGUUGACCUGCUCUGUGUUGAGAUACGGGCGAUGCGGACACAGGGUGGAGUGGCUGAGCGACGGAGCAGUGCACGACGCGGCGACGUCACGUGACUGCUCAGCCACUGUGGCGUUCAGGACUCCUCGCUCCGGUCAAAAGUACGAGGAGUCGUUUCGGUGCAGAGUGACAGACGGUAGCGGCAUGGAGCUGCUGCUGUGCACCUUCAACUCUCACUCGGCCUGUGAGAACAAAGUUUCAGGUUCUACUCAUCGGUGGAUCUACGUCAUCGUCGCGGCUGUGGGUUCAGCAGUGAUCUUGGCGACUGUUGGAGCGCUCGUCGCGUGGAGAAGACGCAAAGGCAAGAUCGUGUACUGGCGACGCAAAGUUCUUUUCUUCACCGUAUUUAUUAUUGUUUUUAUUUUUUUUGUCUUUUCAGGACACAGAACACAGACGGACAACACCGAACUGACGCCUGCUGUGACCGAGUCGGCUCCACAAACCAGUCAGGACACGGCUGAUCCUGAUGACGGUGUUUUCUACACCUCUGUGACCUACAACAAGAACUGUGAGAGUACAGCGCGGGUAAAAGAGGACGAUGAUGACGAUGAUGACGAUGAUGCAGUGAUCUACAGUGGAGUGAAAAGCUCGCCCGUCAUGUCCGACGACGUCUAUGCCACCGUCGUAAAUAGACGGCAGUGAAUUUAAGUCCCAUUUCAUCACAAACACAUUUUAUUUCCAGUGAAACCAAGUCACUAACUUAUAUUUUGCAUCAUAAAGUAAUGAAAGGCAACAACGUUUGAGUUUAACAUUCAGGAGUUCAUGUUGUUGUAGUGUCUCUUUCCACAGGGGGGUGCUAUUUCAUGAGUGAAAUUAUGUUUCCUCUGUUUUUUUAAAUGUCAUUCAUGGUUUUCUGUUGAAAUAGCAAUGGUUCAUUUAUGUGUUUGAAUACACAUAAUACACAAUAACACAAUACAUACAGUAUAUAUAUACAUACAUAU